AGGCUCCCCCCACAAACUGCGGUGGUCCGGUCCUCCUCAGCGCUAGGCCUCAGCCAGGCCUGAAGGGGAACUCUAGGCCCGAAAGAGGAAGAGGCCAGUAAUGGCGGAGGAGCCUGAGCAGGCGGAGGGAGGAGAGGGGCCGCUCUCCCUGCUCCGUUCCCGGGAGCCUUCCUCGCGGCGUCUGGUGGUGCCUUCGUCGUGGCUCUCCCCUCCGGGGUCCCUCCCUUCGGAGCUGGGCGUCUGGUUCCCGGGGCUGGAGGAGCUGGACGUGAGCGGGGCCGGGCUGAGCGCCCUGGGGCCCGAGGUGCUGGGCCUGGGGCGCCUGCACACCCUGCUGGCCAAAAACAACCGCCUGGGCGGCCGGGGCUCCCUCCCGAAGGGGCUGCCCGGGUCCCCGCUGGGCCGCGCCCUCCGCACCCUCAACCUCAGCGGCAACCGCUUCGCCCAGCUCCCCGAGACCCUCCUCGGCCUCCGCGGCCUCCGCAGCCUCAGCCUCGGCAGCAACCGGCUCCAGAGCAUCCCCGCCGCCAUCCAGGGGCUCAGCAGCUUAGAAUUCUUGUAUCUUGGAGGAAAUUUCAUUACUUCUGUUCCACCAGAGUUAGCAAACCUACCAUCACUCAGUUACCUUGUCUUGUGUGAUAACAAGAUACAGAGUAUUCCCCCACAGUUAGCACAGUUGCAUUCAUUGCGCUCCCUUAGCCUGCACAAUAACCUUUUGACAUAUCUUCCUCGGGAGAUCCUCAAUCUUGUGCAUCUUGAAGAACUGAGUUUGCGAGGGAAUCCUUUGGUUGUGCGAUUUGUCCGUGACUUGACCUACAAUCCUCCAAGUCUUCAGGAGCUGGCUGGACGCACAAUCAAAACCCGUAAUGUUCCCUAUGUUCCUAGUGAUCUCCCUGGGAACCUGCUCCGGUACUUGAGCUUGGCCAGCAAUUGCCCCAAUCCUAAAUGUGGAGGAGUCUAUUUUGACAGCUGUGUCCGGCAAAUCAAAUUUGUUGACUUUUGUGGGAAGUACCGUGUUCCCCUGAUGCACUACCUUUGUUCCCCGGAGUGCUCUUCCCCUUGCAGUUCCGCAUCUCAGAGUUCCAAUUCUCAGAGUGAGUCGGACUCAGAAGACGAAGCCAUCGUUGCUGCACGCAGGAUGCAAAAGGUUCUUUUGGGCUAGGAAGAGGAAAGGAAAAGACAAGGAGCAAAUUGCUUUCAAAAAGGAGUUGUGGAAGCACAGGGCCUGAUGUCCUGUGAAGGGGGAAUCUUCCAAAUCUGAGCUUGGCCUUCUUGCAUCUUGUUGCGUGUGGAAAAUGGAUCUGGACAAACAAAGAAUUGCUUGGAACUGUGCUUUCUGGGAGGCUACAGGCCCUGCAUGCCUUGAGGGAGGAGGAAGCUGGCAAAGGAGCCUUUGUGAAGACGCAUGCUUCCGGAGAGGUCAUUCUAGGCCUCCUAGAUAUUGCCUGCUAAAAGGGUGCUUGGACCCCUGCACUACUGAGACUGGAUAUGAAGUGAACUGUUCUUAGUCACUGUGAUAAAACAAUUAAUAACGGAGGGGGGUGCAGGGUGGGAGUUCCCCAGUAUUAUUAUUUGCAUCUGUCAUACUUGAACAUUGCUCUCUUUCCUUGCUUCAGAUGCUUGAUUCCUAUCUAUUUAUUUUAACACAUUCCUCGAAAGUACAAAAACCCCACAGAUUUUGAUACUUUCUUCCUUGUCUGGUUUCAGUGCCUAUCACCAGUGUUCUGUUGUAGAAACAGAACUAAGCCUUUCUUUGUGCUAUAUAUUGCUUUGAAAUGCAUAAUUAGUGCCUUAUUUGGCCUUUGUUCCAUUAUGACUUUUUAUGUAUAAACCUUACUAGUUUUUCACUAUGUACUUCCAGAAGAUUUUUUUUUUCAUCUGGAGUGAUAGUGUAAUGAACUAGUAAAUGUACAUUGUUUGUUUAUGGCUGGGUUGUUACAGACAUAGGGACCAUAUUUGUCCCUUUUUAUACUGUGGGCAAUAUUUCUUCAACCAGCAUAUCUAUUUAUCAUAUACUGCAACACUUAGCAUAAUAUGGCUUUGCAUUAUAUAAGUGAAAAGUCAGAGUGGAAACAUUUAUCAGUGUCUCCAGUAUCUCUCCCAAUACCUGCAUUACAAAGUAUUUUACAUUAUAGACUUAAUCUUCUCUUGUCUUGCUUGGUAUGAUUUUUUUCAGAUAUAUCUUGCCCUCCUAAAAUUGUCCUGCCCAAAUGAUUCCUUUGCUUCUCUAUCAGUGCUAAAGAUACUGUCGUGUACAACAGGGAGGCAGCUUGCUUCUGCAGGAGAUAAAAAAUAAAACUUUAUCACAGAGAGAUGGGAGGUUUUGGUUCUCACUAGAGAUGUUAGGCUGGGUAGUGGCAGCUGUACAGCCAUAUUCCAUCCACAGCACUUGUUGUCUUAAUAGGUGUAUUAAUCCAAAGAGAGUGGAAACAACUGUAUGCUUUUUUCACACACUUUUCCUUUAGAUUGUCUUUGUAGGAAGAUCCACAAUGACCUUCCACUAGUAUCUCACUCCAGUUGGAUUGCAUUUUUUCAAAAACCUAAUCCAAUAUUGUGGGUUGAGUACUAGGAUAGAGUGAUAUCUGUGCAGUGGAAACACUGUUUUGAGUAUGAUAAUUUAAUCUCCCACAACCAUGUUACAGAAUGGUGGAGACAUAUAAAAGGGUCUUUUUGCAUAAAGCAAUUGAUGUGAACUGAAUUCCACUGUUCUUCUAACAAGGCUUUUAAGAAACAGUUAAGUGAAUACAUCUGCUAUAGUUGUGAUCUACAAGCAGUUCUGUCACUAUUUCUGCCACUUGUAAAAACUUUCUCUGUUGAAUUACCAUUGUAGCAGCAUGAGUCCAUAAAGUCAGCACAGUGGAUGUUGAUACGUAAUCUUUGUUCUUUACUAUACUUUCCUAGCAGUCUGAUCUAUCUUUAAGUCAAGUGUAGGGAGUCAGAUCUUGUUGGACUCCAGCUGUAUAUUGGCUUGGUCAGCAUAGUCAGUGAAAACAUGAGUUGUCAACCAGUGACAGUUUGAAGUUUGCUUAUGCUAUAAUGCAUAUAUUUCUGUUCAGUAUCAGCAGUGAAUCUGACCUUUUCUCGAUCUCCAUUUUCUUUUCUUCAUAUAAUUCUUGCUUUUAACACAGUAAAACCUAGUGCGCUAGUGUUACUUUUAAUGAUCUUCAAAUUUUGUAACUUCAGCUAUUACGGUAGUUAAUGUCAGUUCAUUUGCUAAAACUAAAAACAGUAAUAUACAGACUACUUUUCAAAAGAAAUCAACACUUUUUCUAUCACAGAAUCCUAGGUGUAAUCUGAUAGUACAUUAAAAGAGAAGAUUAAUUCAGUCUGCUGUCUCUAUCUUGAGAGUGACUCUAAAUGCAGACCAUACAAUUACAACCUCUAGCCUAACAAAACAUUGCUUUUGCCUGUUUCUUCUGGCCAUUUGGGUAUUGGGAGCGGUGCUUUAGGUAUUAUUUAGGAUGAUGCUGAAGUCUAGCGAAUUCAAAAUCUUGCAAAUAAUCUGUCACAGUUUUUCCUAAUAUUACCAAACUGUGCAUUUUGUAGGCCCCCCCUCCAAAGCUAACACUUUUGCUCUUUCCAAUGCCCAUGUCACUUUAUUAGUGCUUUUGGUAUAGGAUUAUUUAAUGAAUGCUGUCAGCCUGAAUCACAUCCAGUUCCCAUUCAUUGAUGCCUUUUCUGGCUUCUUUGACAAUAAGUAACCAUGGGAGCUUUGGUCUGUUACAGCAAAAGCAGAGCAGGGCGAUUUGGUGGCAUCUUACUGGCCGCAUGUUUAUUUUGUAUUCACUCUCAUGGACUGUAGCCCACUCCAUUAGAUGACUAGGGAAAUUGACAGUUUGAUAACAAUUGGUAAUAUAUACUUUUAUUUCUCAUUACACAUUUGAGAUUAUUCUUAUCUAGCAUUCAAAACUGUUGUCUGUAAACCUUCACUACUUAACAGGCAUUUAAGGCUUUAUUAAAGCAGUUCUCAAGUGCUUUGCAUCUUAGAUACUGUUCAUUUUUUUAUCUCUUUAUAGCUUGAAAGUGCUAAACCUGAAUGUGAAUAAAUCAGUCUGCCUUUCCUGCCAUUUCUUUUUUUCCCCCCUGCCGUCUCUUUAGCCAAGAAGAGCAGAUGAGACACUUGUAAAUGCAAGUUUGGUGCUUUAAGAUCAGUUAGGAAACGUUCUAAGAACAAAAUAUCUGCUUGACUGGAAACAACUCAUACAAUUCCCGACACAGAUGCUUUUCUCUAGUUAGAAUUGGGGUGUUUUUUGAAUCUUUUCCCACUAUGCCCUGCUCAUUUGAAUGGCCUCCCUGGUCUUUUUUGAAAGCUUGUUUGGACUGUUUGGCAAGAGGGAGAUCUUGAUCCCUUUUAAUUUAUAUUCUAGUUAAUAGCAAUGAAUGUGAAGGAUUUAAUCCAUGGGAAGUAAUGAAACUUAAUCCUUACAGUACUGCUUUGUUACUUACUUCAAAGAGUUAUUGUAAUGCCUCUUAAUUGUGCCAGGGAGAUGUGGUUUUCCUUGCUUGAAUGCUCUUAAGACACUUCACAGAGAUGUCUCUGGAGUGUAAAAUUGGGGGGGGGGAUAACUUCCAUCCUUAAAACUUCUCCAUCAGCUAGAUGGAUUGCUUGCUUGUCUAGCACACUUGAUUGCACAGUGAACUUUGAUAAUGUUGUUUGACUGAAUUCUAUUAUUUAAUGUAAUCAUGUGCCUUAUAUUUACUUUACAAAGAUGCCUUGUAAAACCUUCUAGUAGAUAUGUGGAAUAUUCCUCUACGUAAGGAGGUUUUGAACACUAAAAGCAUAAAAUAAUUCACAAUUUUUGUAUUUGCCUGUUGCAUACCAUAGAAUCGUUGCUUCUGAAUGGGUUUGGGUGUGUGUAUGUUGCAAACUUCCCCCUCCCGAUGUAUAACCUAUGUAUAAUUUUAAAGUAUGUAUUUUGUCUUUUCUUGCGGCAGAUGUUGACCUGGUGUUCCAAGGUUCAUCGUCGUUAAUAAUUGCAAGUUGAGAAGACAGUAUUUGUCUUGUUUUGAGAGGAUCUCAUUGCCCCAUCCCAGCCUUGAUUUGAGUUUGAAUUAAAUUAAAGGGUACACACAGCAUGCCAUGUUCAAGAUGUCAGCUUGGUCUUAGGUUCUACUUCUCCCCAACAUAUACAAACACUUAGUUCAUUUCAAUGAUAAUUAGUUUUAUACUGGUUUCUUUGAAAUCCUUAAUUGACAAUCCUAUACAUACUUACUACAGUGGUUGAAUUCAGUGAGGCUUACUCUCAAGCAAGGAAAGCAGCCUAUGCCUUACUACCUUUGUGAAGAAUAAUCUCAGAGUUCUUAAUAAACUCAAAUAUGAAAUUGCCAGUUAUACAGCAAAAAUAUGUUACAAAAUUAUCCUCCGCCAAAGGACUGGAAAUUGGCCAAUUUAACACCUGAUUUUAAAAAGAAGUUCAGGGAAUGUUAGCUUAAUAAUUUUUCCAGAUAAAUUGUGGAAAGCACUAUUAAAGAUAAACUAUCCAAACAGGUAGGAUGCAAAAGAACAAGUCCUGCUGAAGAAGAAACAGCCUGGUUUCUGUGAAGCCUUCUCUCACCUUGUGACUGAACAGUCUUGGAAGAAGAGGAGAGGUCCUCUUUUUGGACUAGUAGUUUCAAGCACAGAAUAAGGGGAAAAAAUAGUUCUUGCAACUGAAUCCCCUCCUGGUUUGCACUGGGACCAGUGUUGUUUUUCAACCUUGCCCAGAAGUGACUUUGAACUGGUUGAAUUGUGAGGUGACUGAGUUGGCUGACAGCACAAAAUUAAAACAAAAAGGAACAGUGAAGACAUCUUAAGUGCUAUCUCUAAAUUGCUGACAUGGGCAUUAAAAUCUCAUUCCAAGUAAGCAAGCGAUGGACAAAAAUAUCCAAAUUUCAUCUAUAUGGAUAUGAUCUGGUGAUGAGUGGAGAGAAAUUAAAUCUUGGGAUUGAUUCAUAUACUUUUGUCCUGCAUGAAAAGGAGUAUCCCUUUCAGUAGUAUUGGUUGGAAUUAAUAAGGAAGAAGAUGUUGUUCAAUAAAAUUAUUUUUUGCAAGGUUCCCAAGGUCGUCUAUCUGUUAUGAAAACAGGAAUUUUAUUGAAAAACAUCUUCUUCCUUAUAUAUCCCAACCAGUGCUAUUAGGAGAGAUGCUAAAUGUAGUUUUAUCCAACACAACUCUUUUUUUAAUCGUCUUGUAAUUUGGUAUUUUCUCCCAUUUCCCAUGUAUUCAUUGGUUUCUUUUGCAAGUGUAGAAGAAAUCGGUGGGUGUAGCCUAUAAUGUUCUUUUAAUUGUUGCACAGAAUAGUGGUAGCGUUUGUUGUUAUUGUUGUUCUGUUGUUGUUUUUAAGGGGCUUGGAAUAAGCUCCUUCAUGAAGCUGAAACUAAAGUGCUUGCUGCUAGAUUAUUUUCUUACUAGAUUUAUUUUAAAACUGCCCUUUAUUCUUUGAGCUUCCGGUAAAAUAAAUAAGACUCUGGUGUAAAAUAAA